CGGACUGCGGGGUCCACGGAUGGCAGUCCAGCACGAUCGGGCCCAGUCGACCAAAGUCGACCAGCCGAGUCGCAGCAGCGACAGGUCCUCUCGCCCAGCCAACCCCGCGAUCGCUGGAUGACGGGAUCCUCGAUUUCGUAGGACCUUUCGUCCUCAAAGCCCCCAGGACCUACGAGGCCCUCCUCCAAGGGACCCGGGCAUUAGUCCCCGAGUGUCGGUCAAACACCACAGGGUGGUGGGGUCGAACAAAGGGACAAAGACCAAACAGUGUCGCCGAAGGUUCACCACGGAAGCCGAGCCCGAACUGACCCAGGACACGAUUUUGUAGGUUGCCCCAUGACGUGUCAAGGUGGACGAAGACAUCGGCGAUCAUUAAGCCCUUCUCUUCAGGAGAUUACCCGGAGUUGUCGCGGUUGGAGGCCCCAGAAGACGUGACCACCCAGGAGACCACCCAUUAGCAGGCUACCCCUGGGGUUGGUAGCCUCGGGAGCGCACGUAUCCACCUUGGGGGCUCAAAGACCUGUCAUCGGUACCCACGUGGAACAGAAGCCUCGAAGAUAAGCAGGGAAAGUCGGACAAAACCGUCUACGAGGGAUCGCGAGAACCGAUCAUACCCGACCAGAUCUUGUCGUGGUCUACGUAAUUGGCAAGAAGACCAUCCGCACGUCGGCAUCUCAUCAGCUCUCGGCAGGCUAAAAACAUUCGUGCCGGUCACUUUCUUGCGUUCAGUGGUUUCUUUGUAGAGACCACCGCAUCACGUGCGGCAUUAUAUCGCGAUCGGUAAUCACGAUCGGCGAUAUGGUCCCGGGACCAUCACCAUGAAGACCGUUUUCUUGAUGGUCCCGGGCACGUGCCCGACACGAUAGGGCCCAUUAUUCACGCUCAUUGCGGCAAUUCGAAAUUAUUCCUGGCACGACGUCACCUGAGUCGAUAAAGCCAAUCUUCGAUCCUGAUCGACGGGCCAUCGACUCUGGCUUUAUCAUAGAUUUACCAUACGCGACGUUGCCCAUGCCGAAGGGCCCUUUCUUCGUGUCCUAGUGCCUUUCUUCCUCUAUUUACACGUCGAAGGUGCCAUGGCGAGAUCGCUAUCGCCUCGAUGUCGAUUCUGAUAGAGACGAUGAGAGACGGGCCGACGAUGAUGGCCAUUUUGAAGGUUAUGUGGCGUAUUUUGGAGAGAAACGAGUGAUCGCAUCGCUGCGGUAUGAUGGGUGAAGUGAUCAGGGUGUCCCGAAGGGCUCCGGAUGUCGGCGAGUUCCUCAGGGAUGCCAUGCUGUCCCAGAGGUUUGCCGAUGUCGCCCUUUGCUGUCCAGGAGGCCAGAGGUUCCUUGCUCAUCGACUGGUCCUCUCCGCUGCCAGCCCGUAUUUGCAGGAGGUCCUAUUGGCACACAGCAAGGCAACGAGUCUGUGCGAACCCAUUACGGUGAUCCUUGCAGAAGUGGAAGGCCCAGAAUUGGCGGCCAUCUUGGGUUUCGUGUAUACCGGAAGUGCGACGGUACCAAGGCCAAGAUUAGACGCUUUCCUUCGAGCUGCGGAAACUUUACAUAUCCAGUUACCUCCACUGCCAGGUUUAAUGAAGUCCUUUCCCCUGGAUUUCAAAUCAGAGGAUAACGAGGACCUGAAAAUCGGCACCAGGUAUCUGCGAUGCGAGCAGUACCCAACUUAUCGAAGCUUCUUAGGAAAUUGGUUCCCAGACCAGGAAGGAGUUGCCAAAGGCUACCAGGAUCAGGUCGAAGACAAGAUAGCGUCUCGCAGGAUCUCCACCGAGCCCCUGGAAUAUGAAAAAUUACCGAAUCAAGACUUUAAAGCCUUCCAAAGGAGCGCCCUUCCGCGGCAAACCAGUGUUCCGCCAUAUUUGAAGGACUUUGGACCGCUUGCAUUUCCGAAGCACCAAGGGCACGAGGUUAAUCCUGGGCAGGAAAAAGGAUCUCCCAGGGGACCAGUUAUGGGUCCUUGUCCAGACAGGGAGAAGUUAGGAAUGGGUCUGGAUUACCCUUCUGUCCAACCUGCGUUCGCGUCCUUGGGUCGAGUCUUCGAGGGCUGCCGAAGAAGUAGAAAUGGCGUCGAUGGUUCUUUAGAGGAGGUCAAUGGAUGUCCUGAGAACAGGAGGUUGUAUUUAGAGAAGGUCGAGGUGUCUUCUAGGAGGGACUUCCUUCCCGACUCGUCGGAGGAUCCUGGAACUAGGUCCAGGGACAGGUUCCAAGGUCAGAUGCUCCCUCGGGUACAGAAUUCGGUUCUGACCCCUAGAGGGGUCGAUGAUCGACUCGCAAGGUCGAUAGUCGAAGGUCCGACCUUGACCGGCUUGGUCCUACCGGAAGUGGAGCAUGGCGGGUUCGCCAACAAAAUGGCGGACGAGGCCAGAGUGCCGACUCUGGGGUACCAGGUCGAAAGGACGUUUCCCAUCUCCUAUCCUGCACCUGCGGGGGAGGACCUCAGCUGCAGGGAGAGCUGCUGCAGGUGGAGGUCUCCCAGGAGACAAGUUGCUAACUGCGUCACUGCUUCUCCUUGGAGACAACUGGCUAGGCCACAUCAUUCCCCAAAAAUCCAGCCGAUGGUUCUCCAGAAUCGGCCGGAGUUCAUGGGUCCCAUAGUUCACGACCCCCCAGGGAGGCUGUCGAGCAAGCCAAUGGCGGACUUUUCGAUGGACUGCCUGCAAAAGGAGGUCUCAACCUCCAGGGAGGACCUUCCAGUCGUUUCGGUGGAUGCAGAGGUUCCUGGGUCCACCAGGACGAGAGUUUCCUCCGAGGACGAAGUUUCUAGAAGCAGAGACGAACGACUGGAGGACCUCUACAGAAGCCAUGCUGCACUUCCGGCUGUCGGCAUUUCCGGAGACGCAGGGUCUAGGUCGCUUUUCGUGUCUUCUUCGAGCACUUCCCUAUCGCCUAGGGCGACGAAUCCAGGAAUCGGUACCUCUGACCAGGAAUCGGGCCACUCGGCGACUGGAACUCCAACGAAUCUUCCAACGACGGUUAAACCUGGAUUCUACCAAACUUUGCCUACUCACGUGACCUCCAAACCGGAAAUCUCGCACCCCAUCAGCAGGCUCUGCGACACGGUUGCCGAGGUUAAAGAGCCGAUUCCAUCCCCUGUAAAAAAUAACGAAGAGGAGGUCGCGGCUCUGGAGGAGAAGAGUACUUACCUGCGCAGCGACAGCAACAACAAUGCCGCGCUCGCCGCCGACCGCGACGCCCCUAGCAGCCGCGCGGCGAACGACGAUCACCGAUGCGACCAGUGUGGAAAGACCUUUGUCUCCAGAGCUUCCUUGAAGGUUCACACUCGGACACACUCGGGCGAAAAGCCGUUCCGCUGCGCCGACUGCGGAAAGCAGUUCUCGCAGCUGCGCAACUACAAGUACCACCGCAGCGUCCACGAGGGCACCAGGGAGUUCGCAGCGACGUGUCCGGAAUGCGGCAAGUACUUCAACGACCGGGGAUACUUGAGUUCCCACAUGAAGAUCCACCGAAACCGCAAGGAGUACGCAUGUGCCGAGUGUGGCAAGAGCUUCAACCAGCGUGUGGCAUACAACAUGCACGUGCGGAUCCACACAGGCGUGAAACCACACCAAUGCGAGCAGUGUGGCAAGGCGUUCUCCAGGAAGAUGUUGCUGAAGCAACACCUGAGGACCCACUCUGGGGAGCGACCCUACCAGUGCCAAGUCUGCCACAAGGCGUUCGCAGACAGGUCCAACAUGACCCUGCACACACGGCUGCAUUCUGGGCUCAAACCCUACCAAUGCACCCUGUGCUCGAAAGCGUUCACCAAGAAGCACCACCUGAAGACCCACCUCAACUACCACACAGGGACCAAGCCGUACUCCUGCCCAAACUGCGGCCUCAGGUUCUCGCAGAGCAGCAACAUGAGGACGCAUUACAAGAAGUGUGCACUUAAUAACCCCACAGGGGCGAAGCCUGAGAAUGGAGAUGGUGUUUUUAUGCCCAGAGGAACUAAGGAGUUGGAAACCUCGGGCAGGGUCCUGAGGUCGGAUGUUGGGGCUCCGUCCGCUGCGCUCACGCCGCCCAACUCGGAUCAAGAGUCCAGCGUUAAUACUCCUAUUUCGAAGGGACUUGUUUUGUGACGAGGUGUGGAGUUAAACUCGUAGGGACGAAGGCUGAAAAUGGGGAUGGUGUUUUUAUGGUAAAUGCCCCUGAGUUGGAUUCGUCGGGGAGGGUUCUGAGGUCGGAUGCUGGGGCUCCGUCCGCUGCGCUGUCGCCGCCCAAGAGCCCAGGGUUAAUACUCCUAUUUUUAAGGGACUCGUUAUGUGACAAGGUGUGGACUUAAUACCCCCUAGGGACGAAGGCAGAAAAUGGAGAUGGUGUUUUUACGACAAAAUGGUGUUUUUACGGCUGAGUUGAAAACGUGAGGUCGGAUGCUGGGGCUCCGUCCGCUGCACUGUCGCCGCCCAACAGUCCAGCAUUAAUACUCCUAUCUCGAAGGGACGUUUUGUAACGAGAUCUAAAGAGUGUGCAACGAGGAGAGAUACUAUAUGAAGACGGUACUAGCAACUGCACUGAUGUUGUUCGACUUCAAGUGGCGUUUUUAUGCGAGAGGGACCAAGGAAUUGGGGAUUUCGAGAAGGGUUGAGAAGAGUCUCAGGUUGGACGUUGGAACGCUUGCUGAUGCAGGGAAAUCUUCGAAGGGGCUCAUCUUGUGACGCAGUCUUCGGCAUGCGUAAUAAAAAUUGACGAACAUGCGCAGAACGGUGAACGAUUUAUCUAGUUAUGCUUGUACCGUGUGGCGUUUUUUAAGCGCGCCUUCGGGACCGCACGAGCUGUGACUAGAUACCCAGUGAAACUGAACUCGAUGUGGCUUUGGAGUACGUAGAUUUAAUAUUUAAUAUAUUCAGACCUUAAGAGAUUUUAAUAUAUUCUUUCUCGAGUUAAGGGAGCACUUAUUAAUAAAGGAAUUUUUACGUUGCGACGCAAGAAUCGCGUCGUUUCGUCAACCAUGGAAAA